AUGCACUUAUUGAAAUCACUUGGGCAGUCGACCCUGGACAUAAGACUAUUAUGGGGGUCUGUGUUUCUCCGAAUGGCCAGUUAUGGUCUCACCAACCAAGUGUUGACGUUGUACCUUGAGUCUCUAGCCAUUUCACCCGAGAAGAUAGGAAUCUUUAUGACCUUGACUUUAAUUGGAGAUGCGGCUAUUUCUUACAUCUUGACAUGGUAUGCUGACCGUAUCGGGCGCAGAGUCAUCAUGAUGCUUGGAACUGCCAUGAUGUUGGCCUCGGGCUUGGUGUUUGCUCUGUGUUCGAACUAUGUGAUACUUUUGACAGCUGCCACCUUGGGAGUCAUCUCACCUUCAGGUGACGAAACUGGUCCAUUCAAGUCAGUCGAAGAGGCAGUGAUUGCACAUUUGACUCCAGCCAACCACAUGCCUGAGAUAUUUGCAUUUCACGGGCUCUUUGCUACUGCGGGAGUGGCACUCGGAUCGUUGCUCAGUGGACUUUUGGUGGACUACUUAAAUUUGGGCCAAGGUUACCCUUUGGAAAAGUGCUAUCGAAUUGUUUUCGUGGCUUAUGCCUUAUUUGGUCUUGCCAAACUUGUUUUGAUGCUACAGCUCUCUGAAAAGUGUGAGGUUGAUUACAUUCCAAACGCACAAGAAUUAGAAGAAACUAGUGAAGCUGAAGACACCCCACUCUUGAAGAAAAAUCUUUCCCAAACCACUAGCUAUUACUUACCAAGAUUGUUGGCCAUCUUCAUGUUGGACUCUUUGGGGUACGGUUUCAUGCCUUCAGCAUGGAUAGUCUACUACCUCAAAAAGACGUUCGAGAUCAGUGCUUCAGGGUUGGGGGUCUUGUAUUUCUUCGCCAACGCCGUUGACGCAUUCUCCUCGCUUCCAUCGGCGUUUUUGGCUAAACUGUUGGGUCCAGUGAUGGCUAUUUUAGGCACUCAAGCGCCUUCUGCCAUAUUCGUGGGGUCCGUUGCGUUCACUCAGAGUCUUCCAAUAGUAAUAUGCUUAUUGUUGGGAUACUAUACCACCUCCACCAUGGAUGUGGUUCCAAGGCAAGUUUUAUUGGCUUCGAUAAUGCCUAAGAAGGAUUUGACAAAGGUUUUGGGAAUUGUGAACAUCGGAAAGACGUUUGCUAGAUGUGUUGGUCCUAUUUUCACUGGAAAAUUGGCUAGUCAUUCGAAGUUGCGCUACGGGUUCGUUAUAAAUGGGGGCUGUGUAUUGUUAGCAGACUUGGUGUUGGCCACCAACUUUCUACACUUAGAUGGCCAGAUCUUACGGGCCCAGAAAGUUGACCACAUGAUAGAAUAA